AUGGCAAAACGCACCUUGAACGCUUUCUUCAAGCCAGUCGCCGAAGCGGCAUCUAAAAAAUGCAAGACGGAACCCGAAACACCAUCAGAACCCAUAGGACCCCCAGAUACGCACUUCAGCUAUCCAAUUCCAAUCCCGCAACUUCCCUCGCACAUCAGCGUCAGCCUCGAACACGGAACUCCAGCCCGAGAAGGUCGAAGCAUAACCAACCAACCAGACCUGGAUUUGCUCUACUUCCAACCCUACAUCACUCAGACAACAGCCAACGAACUAUUCAGAUUCCUGCGCCGAGAACUCCCCUUCUACCGAGUCCAGUACAACAUCAAACGAGGCGGCGUCGAAACAUCAAUUAACACACCACGCUACACAACCGUCUUUGGAGUCGACGACACGGCCACAUUUGUCCCAAGAUCCGAGGUCAACUUCAAAGAUGAACAUGACGAUGAAGGGGAAGAUCCCAACACCCUAAUCCUCGUCAACGCCAGCAGCAAAACACCAAUCUCUCUGUCCAAAUACGAAUACACCCCGCGGCCCAUGCCAACAUGUCUCGAUACCCUCCGCCGCCACGUCGAAUCCGUCACAUCUGCCAAAUACAACUUCUGCCUAGUAAAUUACUACGCCAGCGGUAAUGACAGCAUAUCCUUCCACUCUGACGACGAGCGCUUCCUCGGCUCAUCUCCCUGCAUUGCAUCUCUCUCUCCCUAG